AUGAAAUGGAAUCGAAGUCGUACGCAUAAAUCACACAAUUAUCCAUCCCAUCACCCGAUGUCUACACAAACGUCUAACGUAAACGUCAACGAAGAAAGCGCGAAUCGAAGUCGUACGCAUAAACCACACAAUUAUCCAUCCCAUCUCCCGAUGUCUACACAAACGUCUAAAGUAAAUUUCAACGAAGAAAGCGCGAAUCGAAGUCAUACGCAUAAACCACACAAUUAUCCAUCCCAUCUCCCGAUGUCUACACAAACGUCUAAAGUAAAUUUCAACGAAGAAAGCGCGAAUCGAAGUCAUACGCAUAAACCACACAAUUAUCCAUCCCAUCUCCCGAUGUCUACACAAACGUCUAAAGUAAAUUUCAACGAAGAAAGCGCGAAUCGAAGUCAUACGCAUAAACCACACAAUUAUCCAUCCCAUCUCCCGAUGUCUACACAAACGUCUAAAGUAAAUUUCAACGAAGAAAGCGCGAAUCGAAGUCAUACGCAUAAACCACACAAUUAUCCAUCCCAUCUCCCGAUGUCUACACAAACGUCUAGUAUAACUUAUCCAUCAUCUCCCGAUGUCUUCAAGAACUUCCAACGUAAAUGUCAAAGCAGAAGAAAGUCCAAGUGA